AUGCAGACGGCACUCCUGGACGGCGUCUCCGUCUAUACCUGGGGGGACGGCCUGAUGGUCCCGUCCUGGCCAUUCACGAGUGCCCUUGGCACAGAAGUGUAUCAGUGGGUUCACCUGCGCUGUGGCCCCAAGGUCCAAGGCAUGCUGGUUCCCUUCUUCGUGUCCAGUGAGAUCGGCAACCAUAAGGUGUUGAAGGCCACAUUGAAAGCGAUGCGCGAAGGAUACGACCUUGCGACAUUGAGGCACAUCCCUUGUCUGGGCAUGGACGCCACCGACCACGACAUGGACGGCGUGUACUUCAUUGCCACACGCCCAUGGGUCGACAGAGACGCCAUCGAUCUGUUCGAACGCACCGGAGAUCUCGCUGUUCUGGUGACGGACCCUAAAACGUCGACUGGAUACGCAGGUUUCUCGAUCAACGUUGCCCGGCGUGUAGACACGGCCAACGGCCAUAGGAGUAACCAGCCCGCAGUUAACCUGCGCAUCAGCGCAGAACGCGAUCUGUGCGGCGGCAACCAACGUGACUGGGACACUUUUCUGGUCUUCAACACCAACGACGGAGGACCCCUCGCACCUUACAAGGCGCGACAUGCGGUCGAGCACUUUCUCAUCUCUGCCCUGGGCCUCACCGACCGGGACCGUGGAGGGUGCAAUGUAAACCUCCUUGACGCAUGGGGUUGGGAGCAGUACAUCUCCUGCCCCGAGGCUGCCGAUAGCAUCCGUAUUGUCGAGGAAAUAACGUGCCGUAUGCCGGACGCACUCCUCCCCGCCGAAGACGACAAAGACGCUUGGGCGCAAAUCCUGGCCUCGACCUUCCCAGAUGGCACCCGUGCCGCCAUCUCCACCGUUGUUGGAAUCGCUUGCGGCCGUCUUCGACUGGGCGUGUGGGAUCAUCUCGACCACACGUUUUUCGACGUUUACAAGGGGAAGAUCGACAACCACACAUGCCUGUACGACGACUUCCGUGGCCGUGCCUCCUCUACCUGCAGUUGCAGGAUGUAA